AUGACAGGGGUGGAUUUGGAAAAAUGCAAGCGUAUAGUACAAUAUUUCUGGGACCCCGAACCAAAGAAUGACACCGCACCAGAGGCCGCAAUCUGGUGUCUAGGUCAACAGUAUCGACCCAGUCCCCUACAAGACUUUCACAACGAUAGCACAGCAGCCAAUAAUUCUACCACUGGGCAGUCCUCCGAAGUAUCGCGAGAUACAACUGGAAGCGCAUGGCCCGAAGCCUUUUUGACGGACUUCGAAUCGCGAAUAUGGAUGACAUACCGCUCUAACUUUCCUCCCAUCCCACGUAGUCACUCCCCCGAAGCGACAUCGUUGAUGACACUCGGUGUGCGCAUACGGACCCAGCUCAUGGACUCGCAAGGUUUCACCUCGGAUACAGGAUGGGGCUGCAUGAUCCGAUCUGGACAAAGCUUAUUGGCAAAUACACUCUGUAUCCUGCUACUAGGUAGAGAAUGGCGAAGAGGUGACCAGCCAGGUGAAGAAUCGAAGCUACUAGCGAUGUUUGCCGACCACCCCGAGGCACCAUUUUCAAUACACCGAUUUGUUCAAUGUGGUGCGGUCUCAUGUGGGAAAUAUCCCGGAGAAUGGUUUGGUCCAUCGGCAACUGCUCGGUGCAUCCAAAUCCUGUCGACUGAGUGUAACGACCCUAAAUUUGAGGUUUAUGUGACCAAUGAUACGUCCGAUGUUUACGAAGAGCAAUUCACUCGACUCGCACGUAGGAAAACGGGGCAGUUCCAACCGACCCUAAUCCUCCUUGGUCUACGCCUGGGAAUUGAGCAAGUCACCUCAGUAUACUGGGAUGGGUUGCGAGCGGCUUUGAAAUACCCCCAGUCUGUCGGAGUUGCAGGUGGACGUCCCUCCGCAUCGCACUACUUCGUGGGGGUUCAAGAUUCUCAUCUGUUCUUCCUUGAUCCCCACACCACGCGCCCCACGCUUCCACAACACCAGUCUGAAGAGCCAUACACCGCCGAGGAACUGGGAAGUUACCACACCCGCCGCCUGCGUCGCAUUCACCUCAAAGAUAUGGAUCCAAGUAUGCUGAUUGGGUUUUUGAUCAAAGACGAGGCGGACUGGGCGGACUGGAAACAUCGUGUGCAAACCAGUUCCGGGAAGCCGAUAAUUCAUAUUUUGACAGGAGAGACGCAACUGGAUAAAGGGUAUCAGGGGCCCGGUCGGAAGGCAGCUGUUGACGAGGUCGAGGCUUUGGAUUCAGAUGACAUGGAGUGA